AUUUAACUUAAGUUUACGAUUUAGAGAGUAUAAUAUCAAAAUCUCAUUCUCUACGAGAUCUGAAAUAAAAACGAAGAACCGGCGAAAUGUUGUUCUACUCAUUCUUCAAGUCUCUUGUGGGUAAAGAUGUGGUAGUCGAACUAAAAAAUGAUCUCAGCAUAUGCGGUACAUUGCAUUCUGUAGACCAGUUUCUCAACAUCAAACUAACAGAUAUCAGUGUCACAGACCCGGAUAAAUACCCCCACAUGCUGUCAGUGAAGAACUGUUUCAUCCGUGGGUCAGUUGUUCGUUACGUCCAGUUGCCACCAGAUGAGUGCGACACACAGUUGCUGCAAGAUGCUGCGAGGAAAGAGGCAGCUCAGAACAAGACGAGAUGAUGGGUGUGUGAAGAUCGCAAGCUUAAAUCUAUCAGUGCCUCAUUGGGACUUUUGUCAAAACUUUGAAUAAAACGAGCCAUGCUCGGGGAAAACAGUGUUUAAUGCAUGUGAAUAAAGCAGUUUCAAAUUAGCCUGUGUAGUCUGCACAGGCUUAUCACGGACAACACUUUGGGCUUUUAUUACAUUUUUCCUUACAAGGAAUGGGACGAUUGAACUUUACCGGUACGCAACACUUAACAUCAAACAGCGUACCCUAACCCUUAACACCUUACGCAUAACAACUAACGCAACACCUUAUAAUCUUUUUUAUCCUAUAUAUUUCCUUAGUAUCGGGGGCUACCUCCCUCAAACCCCAACUUUGUCGAUAGUGGUAAACAACUGCGUACCGGUAAAGUUCAAUCUAGCCCAAGGAAUCCUGCGAAAAUACUGUGUAGGCGGAAAGUGUAAUACUUGAUUAGCCUGUUCAGACUGCACAGGCUUAUCUGGGAAGACACUUAAAGCACAUGCAUUAAACCCCAUUUUCCCAGAUCUCUGAUUUAAAUUCAUCUGUGCCCCAAUGGCUCUGUUGUAGAAACUUCGAAUAAUAUUUAUCGUUGUUAGAAGAGUGAAAAAAUAUUGCCUAAGAUUCUUGUCUGAAGAUUUGCUAAACAAAAUAUAGGGCUGAGAUUUAACCCUUUCAGUGCGGGAACCGAAUUUUGAAGGCCUUUCCAAACAGUUUGGAUCCAGAUGAGACGCCACAGAAUGUGGCGUCUCAUCUGGAUCCAAACUGUUUGCUAUUCUGAUAGUAUUCUUUGAAAAAAAUCGAAGAAAAUGCUAAUUUUAGAAAUUCAGCAGACAACAUUUUAGCAGAAGACAAAUUUCCCAGCAUGCAAAGGGUUAACAAAAAAUACCUGUAAGAGGUGCUUGGAGGAUGAUAAAAAUGUCUGACAGCUACGUGGUUGGAAAAAUGUCUGACAGCUACGUGGUUGGAAAAAUGUCUGACAGCUACGUGGUUGGAAAAAUGUCUGACAGCUACGUGGUUGGAAAAAUGUCUGACAGCUACGUGGUUGGAAAAAUCUCUCUGUUCUGAGAAUUCCUUUUAAACUGUACUAGACUUUGAAUGUAUCUAUAAGAAUAAUAGAACAAGUGAAGUACCUAUAUGGAAUCCUGCAUUCAGAAUGUGCUCCAUAACUUUAUUUCUUUAGUACAAAUUAUGUUAUGUAAAUAAAGAAUGCUACUGUAUGCUACUCUAUAAAAUCAACAAAAGCCAAUAAAAAACACAUUGGGUGUGUUUAUUUGAGAGAGAAUUGACAUAUGAAAAAUGGAAAUUAAAGGGUGGGACAUAUUUGUAAAGGGUGGAGCAUUAAAAUGAAGAGGACCCUGUCAUUCUGCAUUAUAAAUUCCUCAUUUUAUACUAUCUAUGAGAAAAUAUGCUGGCAAGAUUGACAUUUUUAGCAGAUUAAUUUUCUCCAAGAAUAAUAAAAAUAUUUGUGUGAAUUUGUGUUACAGAUUCUGUGCGUAAUUGAAGUUAAAAUCAUUAACUUACAUGAUAUAUUACCAUGGUAUGUUAAGUUUCAUUUUAAAUGAUGGAAUGUUUAAUCUAUGUCAUGUAUUUUAUUAUAUUUUAUUCAAAAAUCAUUGUAAUAUAUAGUGCUGCAACAAUACGCCAAAAACCAAAUUGCAAUAUAUUGUCAGUUCAAAAACCCGUAUUGCAAUAUAUCGCAAUAUAUUGCUAACUUGUACCAAAAUUAUAACUUGCCAAUUACCCGAUAAUCCCGUAUAUUCCAGUUUUAAAGCAAAUUAUGGUAUAUAUUUACUAUAAAUGUGCUCAAGAAUAACAAGAAACACAAACAUUCGCAAAUUUUCUUAAGUAUCAAAUACAUUUUGGCAUUCGUUACUAUUAAAAGAUGUGAUGAAAUAACGUCCAACUGGGGCGUUUUUUUCCACUGAACACGCGUAAUUCACCUGACGUGAUGUUCCCGUUUUUAUACAACACAAAAUACAACCAUACUUUCCAUGCGACCUUCUACAUGUCUGUAUAAUUUUCGCGCGCUUUUUAUUGAGACAAAGGAUAAAGCACCUUUUUUUGACGCUAGAUUUUUUUAUUGUCGCAUUAGCAUUAAAAUUUGGAAGCAUAUUUCCGAAAUUUGGAUUACAAAUUUAAUAAUGCUCAAUUCAGAAUCGAAGGAAACAUUUACAGCUGUGCGCAAUUAAUUCAAAGAUAAUCUGUUCAAAAGCAUCAAACGAUUGCUCCGAUGUAACAACGCUACUCUGUAUAAUACUCUUUCAGAAUGCUAUUUUUACGAAAAAAAAUAUUUACACUGCUUUGUUUUGUUUACCUUGUUAUCAUUAUUUCGGAUGGCUUUUCUGGACGAAAUGUGAAUGAAUUUUUGUAAAAUUUUCGUACCGGUAUGAUGAAAAUCGUAUCGCAAUACAAUAUGCGGAUUGCGUAUUGCGAUAUAUACCGAUAAACCGGUAUAUUGUUGCAGCACUAGUAACAUAUGAAGCAUGGGCUUAAUAAUAAAGUUAAACAAACUAAAAAACACAAUGACAAGGGUAGUUUUGGUCAGUGAAAUGAAAGCCUAAAAUUUCCAAAUUAACACCCCCCCCCCCAAAAAAAAAAUUUUUUAUUUUUUAUAUUGCAUCAUUUAGUAAUCAUCUUUACCAGGUUGAUGAGUUGUACCUCAUUAAAUAUGUUAAAUACACUUGAUGAGGGCCCUUGCCCACGUCCCAAAAUUGUGAACAAACACUGCUUGUUACUGUAUGGUUCCUUUCAAAAAGUUGGGUAUUUUGCUUUCAAGUGGAAUUUUAUUUUUUGAAUUGCUUUCCUUAAGUAUGUUACUGUGAAACUUUGUUUUUAAUUUGUAUGUUACACCUACAAAUAGCUUUACACAAGUUUAAAAACAAGCUGAUAAAAUGUUUAAGUGUUAUAUUUUUUGUUAUAACUUAAUUACGAAAAAAAAAACAUUUGUAUAUUGAUUUGCUUAUUUUGUAUACAUAUAUUUAAAGAUAUUAAAAAGUUCUUGAACACAAAA